AUGGCGGAUCAAGAGAAGCAACUGCGAAGCCGAAGCAACAAGAAUGAGAGCGAAUGCUGUAGCGGCGGUGCUGCGGUAAUGAAAGAGCUGAAGGCGCUGAACGCGAGACUGGACCGCAUGCAGAUCGACUUGGAAAAUCAGGUCAAUUCUAGAAUUGAUAGCAUGGAAAAGCAAGUUAACUCCAGAGUGGAUAAAUUGUGUGGUUCGAUGGAGAAACUGAUGGCUGAGAAUAAGGACGCUGUGCUGAAAGAGAUUGAAAAAGCCACAAAAGACAUGCGGGCAAAUCUGGACACUGAGGUGGGAAUUCUGUGUGCAAGAAUGGAAAGAAUGGAGAAGAAAAUAUUCGACACAGAGGCUACGAAGAAGAGUUUUGAUCCAGAGACCUCCGUGAUUGUGGUGGGGCUCCCCGAGUCUGAAGGAGAGGAUUUAAUGUCAAAAGUGAGGGAUUUAUUGCAUGACGGUCUUGGAUGUGAUAUUGUGGUCUGCCCCGUUGCUGUGGAGCGGAUGAGUGCACGAGGAAACCGACCGGGCCUUGUAAAGGUGGAGUUGAGCUCGGUGCAGGUAAAAAUUGCCGUGUUGCGCCGAAAAUCAAAGCUGAAAGACAACGAGCGUUUCAAUAAAGUCUAUAUGUCAUCUGCGAAAUCACAUGCUGAACGACUGUUGGAACUCAACUUUAGAUCUUUGAUCCGUGAAACCGCAGUCGGGAAGGACUUCUAUCUAACGGGGAAUGGACGUUUGUUGAAGCGGACGCAGUCAUCCCGGAGUGUGGCUAGAGAAGCUGGCCUUGGCGGUGACUGAGAGUGGCUCGCCCAGCCCGACAGGUGUGUGACUGAACAGUUUUUGUUAGCCCACUGGAAUGUUAAUGGAUGGACGCUAUCAAACUCUGAACUUAGAAUACUACUACUGAAAUCCUUACGCCCCGAUUUCAUUUCUUUAAACGAAACUCAUUUAAGCAGGGAUUCAGAUUCACUAGACGUCGAUGAAUUUACCUGGUUUGGACAUAAUCGUAUUGCUCACAAAAGAGCUGUUAAAUCCUCCGGUGGAGUUGGGUUCCUGGUUAAAAAUGCAGUCUUGGAUCGAUAUUCAGUUAGUAUUGUUGAUAAAACAUUUGAUGGGAUUUUUUGUUUACGAUUUGAGCACCGGGAGUCACAGUAUUCUUUUGUUUUGAUUUCAUGUUACCUGUCUCCAGAAUCAUCUAAUUGGGGCCGUAAUGCUGACCUUUAUUUCAGCCAUUUACUGGCGGUGCUAUAUACUAUUACAGAUAAGGUGGAUUCAAUCUAUAUCUGUGGUGAUUUGAAUUGUCGGAUUGGGGGGCUUAAGGAUUAUGCAGAAGGAAAUGAUAUUUUGCCUCGUAUGAGUCUGGACACAGGUGUAAAUAAACAUGGUCAUAGCUUCAUUGAAUUCUUAAAGGACUCUAAUUGUUGUAUACUUAACGGCAGGUUAAAUCCUGAAAAUAACAACUUCACGUCAAUUUCUGUAAGGGGCAAAGCUGUUGUAGAUUAUAUAGUGACGCCUCAUGCUGAUAUGAAAACAUGUAUUGAAUUUAAUGUUUACACCCCCUCUGAUCUCAUUGAUAAAGUCGGUCCAGAAAGUUUAAAUUUGAUUGGUGACCAUAGUAGACUCCCGGAUCACUCGGUUCUUUGUCUUCGUUUUCAAGUGGGAGAGGUAUUUAAUUACCAGAAUAAUGCAGAUCGUUUACAGUAUGUAAAAAGGAGAAGCAAUAAUUAUCCUGAUAAUUUCCUCUCCUCGGAAAUAUGUCGCAGGGCUAUACUAGAGGUAGUAGACCAACUACAGAUAGCACAGGAAAAUCAAGAAAGGGUGGAUCAGUGUUACACCAAUCUCUGUAACUUUUUACAUGCUGAAAUGGAGAAAUACUGUCCUGUACAAAAAAUGGGUUCUACAAAGAAAUAUUACAGAGCUAAACAACCAUAUUGGAAUAACGAAUUAAACGAGGAGUGGUUAAAGUUACGUUCUGCAGAGAGAACAUUCCUUAAAUGUAGUAACAGGGAUCCCGGGAAGAGGAGGGUCCUGCAUAGUGAAUUCAAGCAAUGCCAAGUUAAUUUUGACAGAAAACUCAGGUUUGUUAAGAGGAAGUUUAGAAGAGGUCAAGCUCUUAAGUUAGAACAGCUACAAACCGGUAACCCACAGCAAUUUUGGAGAGAAAUACAUAAGUUAGGUCCAAAAAAGAAAUCAUUAAUACCCUGGGAGGUUUUAUUGGAAAAUGGUGAAUCUUCUUUCGAGUCAGAGCAAAUAUUGAAAAAAUGGGAAAAAGACUUCAGUAACUUGUUCAAUCAUAGUAGCUCCUCUUCAUUUGAUGAUGAUUUUUUAGGGGAAAUCUGUAAAAUAAAGUUUGAGUUGGAAAGUGGGAUGAAUACUAUUUAUCAUCAAAAUGAUAUGCUGAACAGUGAAAUCACAGUAGAUGAGGUACUUAAAUCGCUUAAUAAAGCUAAAGAAAAUAAAGCCAUUGGCAUUGAAGAGCUCCCUAACGAGGUCCUUAAAAGUCCUAACUUAUCUAAUGUACUACAUUGCCUGUGUUACAUAUGUUUUCACAAUGGUAUUAUCCCAUCAAUAUGGAAUAGAUCAAUUAUCAAACCCAUCCCAAAAUCUAAGAAAGAUGACCCCAGAGUCCCUUUAAAUUAUAGAGGCAUUAGUUUGAUUAGUACAGUCUACAAAAUAUACUCAGGAGUUCUUAAUAACAGACUGAAUGUUUUUCUGGAGUCUCAUGGAGGGUUGGUAGAUGAACAGAAUGGCUUCAGGAAAAAUAGAGCCUGCAUUGAUCAUAUUUAUGUAUUAUCUUCUGUGGUGAGAGCUCGUUUGAAGGAGGGUAAAAGUACUUUUGCCUGCUUUGUUGAUUUCAAAAAGGCAUUUGAUUGUGUUAACCGAGAUCUCCUAUUGUUUAAACUACUUUCUUCAGGAAUUAAUGGAAAAUUUUAUCAUGCUAUAAAAGCUCUCUAUAGAGACCCUAUUGCUUGUGUACAAAUAAAUAAUCUAAGAACAGACUGGUUCCCAACACCUUUUGGGGUGAAGCAGGGAGACUUACUCUCCCCGUCUCUAUUCGCUCUUUAUAUAAAUGACCUAGUUCAAGACAUUAAGCGGGUUAAUGCUGGUGUUCCUAUAGAGGAUAUUAAUUUAAGUAUUCUGCUUUAUGCAGAUGACAUUGUUUUGAUUGCAGAAAAUGAAAGUAAUCUGCAAAUUAUGCUUAAUAUUAUGAGUUCUUGGUGCAAUAAAUGGCGCCUUGCUAUUAAUAGUGAAAAAACACAAGUAGUUCAUUUUAGGAAGAAAAGUUUAUUGCAGAGUAAUUUUAAAUUUCAGUUUGGCUCGGCAUCUUUAGAGUAUACUUGCCAUUAUAAAUAUCUUGGUUUUGUUUUUGAUGAAAAUAUGAAGUUUUCGGAGGGAAGGAAAAUACUGGCAGAGUCCGCAGGAAGAGCGUUAGGCUCAGUGUUAAGUAAAAUGAAAUCUUGUACGGACCUUGGUUUUUCUACAUUUACACAGCUUUAUAAAUCUUUGGUUGACCCGGUUUUGUUAUAUGCUGCAGGGAUUUGGGGUUUUGAGGAGGUCGCUGAUUGUAAUUCUGUUCAGAAUCGUGCUUUGAGAUGUUUUCUUGGUGUCCAUAAAUAUGCAGCAAAGGCAGCAAUUGAAGGGGAUGUAGGAUGGGACCCUUGUAUUGUAAAUCAACAUUGUGAAAUGGUGCGACUGUGGAAUCGUCUGGUCAGUCUGCCAGAGGAAAGGCUAACUAGAAAAAUUUUUAACUGGGACAGAGCAAAUCAUCAUCCCUGGUCUAGUGAGAUUUCAAUGAUCCUGUUUGCCUCUGACAUGCAUGUAAUGUUUAGAAAUAAUCUGCAAUGUAAUAUAAAUUCUGUUAAACAAAAUAUGUUUGAGAAGCACGAAGACCAAUGGAAACAGGAUAUAUGGAAGAAACCAAAGCUCAGAAAUUAUGUUCAGUUCAAGAAGAAUUAUUUUACAGAACCUUAUAUUUUCCUUAAUUUAAAGAGAAGACAGAGAUCUCUCUGUGCUCAGUUGAGAACAGGUACCUUACCUCUGGCAGUAGAAGUGGGACGAUUUAAAGGCUUACCGAAAGAAGCACGUUUGUGUGAAUUCUGUGAUUUACAGGUGGUUGAGGAUGAAUUUCAUUUUAUUUUCAAUUGUCCCUUAUAUGUUGACUUAAGGACUGUCAUUUUUGAAUCAAUUCAGUUUAAAAAUCCUGAUUUAUUUUGGAAGAGUGAAGGUGAGAUUUUGGGUUGGUUGUUUGAAAAAGAUGUUUUUGUUUUGGCAAAAUUUGUUAAAAAGGCUUGGCAUAUGCGGCAAAGUAUUUUGUACCCUGUAGGAUGAACUUUUUUUGUUUCUCUUUCAUUAUCCUCACUGUUUGUGUUAUAAUUCUUAAUGGAUUUUUGAUGUUAUUGUUGUUGUAUAUUAUGUUGCGUGGCUGUCUUGGAUACAUUGUGUUUUGAGUUUGUUGAACAGUGUCUAAUAAGCCCAUGGGGCUGGGCACCAAUUUUGGUGUAUGACACUUAAAUAAAAUUAUCAUAUCAUAUCAUAUCAUAUCAUAUAGAAGCAAAUGUUGUCUCUCUCACACACACACACACACACACACACACACACACACACACACACACACACACACACUCACGGCUCCGUCUGCGGGAUGAAUCUGGCGACACAGUUAAUGUCUCAGCUGUAUGUGGCCAUAAAAUUGGAUGAGUCUUUACGGCUGUGUCAUCCUAUCACAUAAUAGUCCUUCAAGCUUCAUUUUUCUCCUCCGAGCCGAACCACAGCUCUUUCAAUUUAGCCGAUUCAGUCGUUUCAAUUCCCCGUGCGGGAUGAUAGGACGGCGAGAGAGAGAGGGAGCGACCUCCGCCCCUCAGCUCUCUGUGCUUAUAACGUCUGUGUUUAUCCUCUGCAGGUUCAUUUAUCACCAAACAGAGCACAAAACCUCCGAUAACACAAAACUAUGAUUUCUGCUAUAUGAACAGCUGGUAG